UACUUUCUUAGCCGUAUGAUGUCCUUUUCAGUUGCCAAAACUCUCUCUAAAUAUUUUAUAAUUGUCUGAUUUUGUUGACCAUGAGUGAUGAUAUAUAUUUUUGAAAUUUAUGGUGCUUAUUAAAGGACAAUUAACGUAUUGUGUAUGACAAAUAAAAAAAACGAGUAUUAUUGUGGCUUGGCUUGUGGGUUGGUAGCUGAGGAGCGAGGAGUUUUUGGUUUGAUUAAUGGCUGGUCUAAGAGAAGACCCAGUUCUUGGAAUUAACGAUAUAAAAAGGGAGAACGAACUGGGCAUUGAGGUCAAAACUAAGGCUGAAGAUAAGGCUGCUGAGAGUGAGAGAGACAUGGCUCCUCCUCAUCCUUCUGCCAAUUCCAUUCAUCGAUCUGGUUCACGUCCCCAAUUAGACCUUAGCAAAGCUGCUAUUCAAGGCAAUUCUGAGGAGAGAGAUCCCACCAUUCUGCUGCCCAAUCAGUCUGAUGAUAUCUCUUCUCAUCUGGCUUUGGACAUUGGAGGAUCCCUCAUCAAGUUGGUCUACUUUUCAAGACAUGAGCACCGCUCUAUUGAUGAUGAGAGGAAGAAGAGUGUGAAGGAGAAAUUGGGAAUUUCCAAUGGUAACAGGAGAAACUACCCCAUUCUUGGGGGAAGACUUCAUUUUGUGAAGUUUGAGACGCACAAGAUUAAUGAGUGCUUAGACUUUAUCUAUUCCAAGCAGCUUCACCGUGGUGGAAUUGAUUCACAAUCUUGGCUUCCUAAUGCUGCAGUCAAUGAAAAUUCCAUUAUUAAGGCCACAGGUGGUGGGGCAUACAAGUAUACAGACCUCUUCAAGCAAAGGCUUGGUGUUACUCUUGACAAAGAAGAUGAAAUGGAUUGCCUAGUUGCAGGAGCAAAUUUUUUGCUAAAGGCAAUUCGUCAUGAAGCUUUCACACACAUGGAGGGUCAGAAGAAGUUUGUGCAGAUCGAUCCGAAUGAAUUGUUUCCCUAUCUCCUUGUCAACAUUGGAUCUGGUGUUAGUAUGAUUAAGGUUGAUGGAGAUGGACAAUUUCAGCGAAUAAGUGGUACCAAUGUUGGUGGCGGAACUUACUGGGGCUUGGGAAGGCUAUUAACAAAGUGCAAAAGUUUUGAUGAAUUGUUAGAGCUGAGUCAACGCGGAGAUAAUAGGACAAUAGACAUGCUUGUUGGGGACAUUUAUGGGGGGAUGGAUUAUUCAAAGAUUGGUCUCUCUGCCUCAACUAUUGCUUCUAGUUUUGGCAAAGCUAUUUCUGAAAAUAAGGAGCUUGAUGACUACAGACCUGAAGAUAUUUCCCUGUCUCUUUUAAGAAUGAUUUCCUACAAUAUUGGACAGAUAUCUUAUUUGAAUGCACUGAGAUUUGGUCUCAAGCGAAUAUUUUUUGGAGGAUUUUUCAUAAGGGGUCAUGCUUAUACCAUGGAUACCAUCUCUUUUGCAGUUCAGUUCUGGUCACAGGGGGAGGCACAAGCCAUGUUCUUGAGACAUGAAGGGUUUCUUGGAGCGUUAGGUGCAUUUAUGAGCUAUGAAAAGCAUGGCCUUGAUGACUUGAUGGUUCAUCAGUUAGUUGAAAGGUUCCCAAUGGGUGCACCAUAUACCGGAGGAAAUAUUCACGGUCCCCCCCUUGGGGAUUUAAAUGAAAAGAUUUCCUGGAUGGAGAAGUUUGUGCAGAAGGGAACUGAGAUUAUUGCUCCAGUGCCAAUGGCUCCACCUGGCACUACUGGACUUGGAGGCUUUGAAGUUCCUUCAUCCAAAGGAGGUACUCUGCGUUCUGACGCCAGCACUCUAAAUAUUGGGGUUCUUCAUCUUGUGCCAACAUUGGAGGUGUUUCCAUUAUUGGCAGAUGCAAAAACAUACGAGCCUAACACGAUUGAUCUCACAGAUCACAGUGAAUUGGAGUAUUGGAUUACUGUGCUAUCUGAGCAUCUGCCAAACCUUGUUGAUAUUGCAGUGGCAAGCGAAGGUGGAAUUGAUGAUGCUAAAAGAAGGGGCGAUGCCUUUGCUCAUGCCUUUUCAGCUCACUUGGCACGGUUAAUUGAAGACCCUGCUGCAUAUGGAAAGUUGGGGCUGGCCAAUCUAUUAGAACUAAGGGAAGAUUGCUUGAGAGAGUUCCAAUUUGUUGAUGCCUAUAGGAGUAUAAAACAAAGGGAAAAUGAGGCAUCACUUGCUGUUUUAUCUGACCUGUUGACAGAACUUGACGGUAUGAGUGAGGAGGUAAGACUAGUAACCCUCAUUGAAGGUGUUCUUGCUGCUAACAUCUUUGACUGGGGAUCCCGUGCCUGUGUGGAUCUCUAUCAUAAAGGAACGAUAAUUGAAAUUUAUAGAAUGAGUCGUAAUAAGAUGCAAAGACCUUGGCGAGUGGAUGACUUCGAUGUCUUUAAAGAAAGAAUGUUGGGGUCUGGAGACAAGAAGCCUUGUCCCCAUAAAAGAGCUUUACUCUUUGUGGAUAAUUCUGGUGCUGAUGUUGUUUUAGGGAUGCUUCCCUUAGCACGUGAACUCCUUCGUCGUGGAACUGAGGUUGUUUUGGUUGCAAACUCACUCCCAGCUCUAAAUGAUAUUACUGCCAUGGAGCUUCCUGCUAUUGUAGCUGAAGCUGCCAAGCACUGCGACAUUCUCCGCAGUGCUGCGGAAGCAGGAGGCUUGCUUGUGGAUGCAAUGGUGAGUGGCCUAGAUGGUCCUAAAGAGAAUUCAUCUCUGGUUGUUCCAUUGAUGGUUGUCGAGAAUGGCUGCGGUGGUCCUUGCAUAGACUUGAGGCAGGUCAGCUCUGAGUUAGCUGCUGCAGCAAAAGAUGCCGAUUUGAUUAUCUUGGAAGGGAUGGGCAGAGCUUUGCAUACCAACUUUAACGCGCAGUUUAAAUGCGACGCCUUGAAGCUUGCAAUGGUGAAGAAUCAAAGGCUGGCUAAAAACCUGAUCAAUGGGAACAUAUAUGACUGUGUAUGUCGAUAUGAACCAGCAAGUUAACAUGAUGAUCCCUAGGAAAGACUUCUGGUUAGCACAAAAUUUGUCUAAGGAAAUUCUUUGUAAGCACAUGUUUUUGCAUAAUAACAACAACAACAACUUGGCAAGAGCAAGAGGAACAUUAAUUUAACAAAAAAAGUUGAUGGAGUUCAUAAAAAAAAUUGACAAUGGUAAAUAAAUAAGUUGUUCUUAGUUUAGAA